AUGGGGAGCAACGCCGCCGGCAAGCCGCCGGCCGCCGCUGCCGCCGUGUCGUGGGAGUUCCACGCGACGGGGCCUCGCAACCUCUCCACCCCGGGCUGGAGGGACCUCAUCCGCUCCAGCUGGAGAGAUCCAAACUACAGAAGAAUUGCAAUGUCGUGCUUUGUGCAGGCCGCAUAUCUACUGGAGCUGGACAGGCAGGAGAGCAGAACUGGUGAAGCUGCCCUCGCUCCCAACUGGUGGAAGCCCUUCAAAUACAAGCUGGUGCGCCCUCUCAUCGAUUCCAGAGAUGGAUCCAUCUACGGGGCACUUCUAGAAUGGGACCAGCUCGCUGCCCUCGCUGAUCUGAUAGUGGUCAAGCCUCAAGGUGCUCCCAAGGUAGUCCUCGCUCUCAGGGGGACCGUGCUGAAACAGCUGACUGUGGUGAGAGACCUGGAAGAUGACCUUCGGUUGUUUGCCCUGGACAGUUUGAGGGGUUCCGUCAGGUUCACCGGUGCGCUGGAGGUGCUCAAAUUGGCAAUCCACAAGCAUGGCAGCGCCAAUGUGUGCGUUGCCGGCCAUUCCCUGGGGGCAGGCUUUGCUCUGCAGGUUGGCAAGGCCUUGGCCAAGGAUGGAACCUUUGUGGAGUGCCAUUUGUUUAACCCACCGUCAGUGUCACUUGGCACGGGCCUCAGAAAAUUUCAGGAGAAAGCCAGCAGUGUCCUUAAGCGAUAUAUAAGUAGAAGCGGCAGCAGCUCUUCAUCAAAUGUUUCCCCAGGAGAGGAGCAACAAGCCGCCUCUCAAGUUGAAGUUGGAGAAGAAGAGCUGAACAAGGAGGUCAAAAGAUGGGUGCCAAAUCUGUACAUAAACAGCUGCGAUUACAUUUGCUGCUUCUACGCUGAUCGUAGCGGUGUCGCUGCCGUCACCACGGAGAAGCGUUCUGGGGUGCAUUCCAAGCUGUACGUGAUUGCCAAAGGACCAAGCAAGUUCCUGGAGGCUCACGGGCUGCAGCAAUGGUGGUCCGAUGAUUCCGAGCUCCACUUGGCCGUGCACGACAGCAAACUCAUGUAUAGGCACCUUAAGUCCCUCUAUGUCUAA